ACACUGGGCGGCGGCGGCGGCGGCUGGCCGUGGAAGGCGAGCAGUGGUCUAGAGCAGGCCUGACCGACGGAUGGUGGGGAAGGAAGGGCCCAGGAGAGAGCUAUCCGGUCUUAUGCAUUGGAACUUAACUUGACAGAUUCAGAAAAAGCUACUUGCCUUUAUGCAAAAUGGCAGAUGAGUUUCAAAAUACACUAUGAAACUACAAGCAAAACUAAUAAAACUGUAAGCAUUUCAGACCAUGGCAAUGUAACCUAUAAUGGAAGCAUUUGUGGUGAUGACCAGAAUGGUCCAAAAAUAGCAGUACAAUUUGGGUCCAGUUUUUCGUGGAUUGUGAAUUUUACAAAGGAGAUAACUACUUACUCAAUUGACAGCAUCUCAUUUUCUUACAAUACUGGUGAUAACACAACAUUUCCUGAAGCUGAAAAUAAAGGAAUUAUUACUGUUACUGAUAGUGUGGCAAUCGGAAUUCCAUUGAAUUACAUGUUUAGAUGCAAUAGUUUAUCAACUUUAAAAAAGAAUGAUGUUAUUCAGCAGUAUUGGGCUGUUCUUGUACAAGCUUUUGUCCAAAAUGGCACAGUGAGCACAAAAGAGUUUUUGUGUGAUAAAGACAAAAUUUCAACAACCGUACCACCCAUCAUUCACACCACCGUGCCGUCUCCUACUGUAACACCUUCUCCAAAGGGAAGGCCAGAGGUUGGAACCUAUUUUGUUAAUAAUGUCAACGGUACUUGUCUUCUGGCUACCAUGGGCCUUCAGCUCAACAUUACUCAGGAUAAGGUUGUUUCAGUUAUUAACAUCAACCCCAACACAACUGACUUCACUGGCAGCUGUCAUCCUCAAACUGCACUACUUAGGUUGAAUAGCAGCAACAUCAACUAUCUUGACUUUGUCUUUGCUGUGAAAAAUGAAAACCAGUUCUACCUGAAGGAAGUGAAUAUCAGCAUGAAUUUGGGAAAUGGCUCUGUUUUCAGUUUUGUAAACAACAAUCUUAGCUACUGGGGCGCCCCACUGGGAAGUUCUUAUAUGUGCAACAAAGAGCAGACGCUUUUGGUAUCUGGAACAUUUCAGAUAAAUACCUUUGAUCUAAGGGUUCAGCCUUUCAAUGUGAUGGAAGGAAAGUAUUCCACAGCCCAGGAGUGUUCGCUGGAUGAUGACACCAUUCUAAUACCAAUUAUAGUUGGUGCUGGUCUUUCAGGCUUGAUUAUCGUUAUAGUGAUUGCUUACCUAAUUGGCAGAAGAAAAAGUUAUGUCGGAUAUCAGACUCUGUAAUGCUAAUACAUGUUAUUGCCAUUAAAAAAUAAUGAAGCAAGUACAAGUUCCAACAUGAGAUACUCAAUUUAAGGUACAUUUAGUUGUAAUCCUGGUUCUGGAAUGGGUAAUAUGGGGGAUUUCAAAUUCAAACAAAAUACCAACAAAAACUAUAAACUACAACUUAGCAACAUGAUUUUGGUUUUCCCAACCAAGGAAUUUAA